UUCACUCGAAAGCGAUGGCAGCGAUGGAAGCAGGCAAAAUGGCGUCUCCCAAGAGCGCCCCUAAAGAUGCUCAGGUUAUGGCCCAGAUCCUGAAAGAUAUGGGGAUAACUGAGUACGAGCCACGGGUUAUAAACCAAAUGCUGGAGUUUGCAUAUAGAUACGUGACCACUAUCUUGGAAGAUGCUAAAAUUUAUUCCAGCCACGCGAAGAAGUCGAGCGUCGAUGCAGACGACGUGAGGUUGGCUAUCCAGUGCCGGACGGACCAGGCGUUCACCUCUCCUCCUCCCAGAGAUUUUUUGCUAGAUAUCGCAAGACAAAAGAACCAGACGCCGUUGCCGCUGAUUAAACCCUACUCUGGGCCAAGGCUGCCACCAGAUAGAUACUGCCUCACAGCGCCAAAUUACAGGCUGAAGUCUUUGCAGAAAAAGGUAUCCUCCUCGGGUGGAAGGAUCACCGUGCCGCGACUGAGCGUCGGCGCCGUCACCAGCAGGCCGAGCACGCCCACCCUAGGAACUCCUUCGGCACAAGGGAUGUCUGUUUCGGCUAAAGUUGGGACUCCCGUGUCGCUGGCGGGCCAAAGGUUCACCGUGCAAAUCCCCACAUCUCAGACGUCGGUAAAAUCAGCUCCAACCACCCCGACAGUUCAGAACGUCCUGAUCAAUCCCUCCCUCAUUGGGUCCAAAAAUAUCCUCAUCACCACCAAUAUGGUGUCCUCGCAGAGCGCCUCGGGCGAGUCGAACCCCUUGAAAAGGAAACACGAGGAAGAUGAUGACUACGACAACUUGUGAGCGGUGGUUGCUGGCCGGGCUCCGUGGCCCGGACACCUUUUUACCUUCGGACUGAAAUGGGCGUGUGCCUUUGAAGACGCAUUUGUGCAAGGAGGCCACUGCAUUAAAGCCACGUUAAUGGUGGGAUGUACAGGCUGUGUCGUCUCACUCUUUGCCACCACUUCUUCCCGUUUCUCCCCAAAGCACGGAGGGAAUUUCAGCUCUUGGAAGGCCUAUUAGCCAUUUUGCCUCUGGGUAGGAGUAGCUAGCUGUCUGUCCCCUCCUUGAGUGGGCUAUUCCUCUGUGAUGUCCCCUAGAACUAAAGUAGAGGAGUCCCAAACCCUGCAGUGCACCUGUGCCGUCCCAUUUGAAACUGCUGAGGGGGAAUGUUUUGAAUUAACCUACAGGGGAGAGAGUACAGCUUUUUGGGUCAUAUACUGUGGGUUAAUUCCAGAUUUAGUCAGAGUAAGCCCACUGAAAUCAAUAGGACAAGUUAGUCGUGGCUAAGUUCGCCUGCUGAUGUGUGUGUUCAUUGGGGUAAAGAAUUAGUCGGGAGGGGAAGACUCAUGAAAUGCAUUGAACAUGACCACAAUCUAUGACCAGGAAGGGUGUUGCAUUCAUGCCUUUCUUUCCAUGAAUUCAUGCAUUCACUGUGGGUACUCAGAAGCUGCACUCAGCUGUACAUCCUACCCAAAGAAAGGCAUGAAGACAGUUUGGUUACGUGUGUGUAACGUCGGGGAAGCACCUGAUGACCAAGCUGUGCUAAAGCUUAAAAGACGACCCUGGCCUUCAACCUUUUGCAAAAUAUUGUGGAAGAAUAACUAUUCUUGGUUUUCAACUUCUUAGGUUUUUGUAAUCCAAUUGUGAAAUGGUAGCUGCAUGGAGUUUUGUUUUGGUAUGCCUCAUGCUAGGAUAUAUUUGGAAGGGGAAAAAAAUCCCCUCGUUUUGUGGAUUACAUCUUGUUACUUUCUGAACUGUUAUAUAUGGAAGUAUCCCUUGAGAACUAUGUUCUAAUUAAAAAAAAGUUUCUUAAAACUGC